CGUCACGUCCUUUCGUUACCUCACUUCUUCGUAGUUCUCGCGUCUGCCAUCCGCCAUUUCGGCGUGACUGUCGCAUAAUAGAUUGAUUAUGACGCCCUCAUUUGGCUCUUGUUGAAAAUAUUGUAGCGCCACUGCAUAGUGUAAUUUCAGAAACCGAGUGAAAUGUGAAAACUACGAAAAAAACUCUUGACGGUAUUGACGACAGCGCCGUCUGUGAAUGUUUUCAUCUAUUCGUUUUAGAUUGGCGGUAUUUUCUGUAAACCUGUGUACAAGUCAUUUUUAAGCCAUGUCUAUACCGGAGCCAUCCGAGAGAAAGACUCUGCUGCAGUCUUUUAUAAACAGCUUUAACCAACAAGAAGUAGAAGUUGCUACUAUGCCAGGUAACACAGUUGAGGAAGUGGCUGAUACAGGGGUGGCAUACUUUGUGGAUGAAGAAGGACGCUAUUACUAUCAGCCUGCUGACGAUGACCAGAACAUAGUAUCUUUACCAAUGGUUACUGAAGACACUGUUGAGGCCAUGCAAGAGGACGACGAUGAAGAAGAAGAAGAGGAAGCGGAACCUGCAAUCAUGACAGAAUAUAAAGAGUUCCAGACAGUAACACUGAUGCCCUCGGAAAAUGGCUCGGGUGGAUUGAGCUAUGUGCUUGUUGUUCAGGAAGACCCAAAGCAAGUUGUUAACAUCAACAUUCAGAAUGAAAAGAAUUCUGAGGAUGUGUAUAACUUCGAAGAAGAAGAUGAAGAGGGUGGUCAAGAGGGCAGCGAUGAUGACAAUAACAAAAGUAGUGUAGCAACAAGAAGCAAGCACUCGAAAUACGUACGCCCACGGUUCACCUGUAAUUUUUGCUCAUACACCAGCCAUAGACGAUACUUGCUGCUGAGACAUAUGAAAUCUCACUCGGAGGACCGGCCACACAAGUGUGAAGUUUGUGAGCGAGGUUUUAAAACCAUUGCCUCGCUUCAGAAUCACGUGAAUAUGCACAAUGGUGUUAAACCACAUGUUUGCAAGUACUGCAAUAGUCCUUUUACUACCUCAGGGGAGUUGGUACGCCAUAUCAGAUACAAACAUACACAUGAAAAACCCCACAAAUGUACCGAAUGUGAUUAUGCUUCGGUGGAAUUGUCAAAAUUGCGGCGGCACGUCCGCUGCCACACUGGGGAGCGUCCAUAUCAGUGUCCACACUGCACAUAUGCUUCUCCGGAUACUUUCAAAUUGAAACGCCACCUGCGAACUCACACCGGAGAAAAACCAUACAAAUGCGAUUAUUGCAAUUUGUGCUUCACCCAAUCCAACUCAUUGAAAGCACACAAACUUAUACACAAUGUGUCCGAAAAGCCGGUGUAUGCAUGUGAGUUGUGCCCAACAAAAUGCGGCCGCAAAACCGAUCUUCGUAUCCACAUUCAAAAACUACACACUUCGGAUAAGCCUCUGAAAUGCAAGAUAUGUGCAAAAACCUUUCCUGAUCGCUAUUCCUGCAAAGUGCAUUAUAAGACGCAUGAGGGAGAGAAAUGUUUCAAGUGUGAAAUAUGCAUGUAUGCCUCGACAACGAUCCGACGGCUGAAGUCUCACAUGCUGAAACACACCAACGAGAAACCAUUCGUCUGUGAUCAAUGUGAUCAAAAAUUCAGGCAAAAACAGCUACUGCGAAGACAUCAAAACUUGUAUCAUAACCCAGAGUAUGUACCGAAACCUCCAAAGGAGAAGACGCACACUUGCCAUGAGUGUCACCGCACAUUCGCUCACAAGGGGAACCUGAUCAGACACCUUGCAGUCCAUGACCCGGAGUCUGGCCAUCAUGAGAGAGUCCUUGCGCUCAAACUUGGCCGUCAGAAGAAAGCUAAACGAGUCGAUGGACGUCUUAAGGAAAUAUGUGAAGAUGACUCGGAUAGUGAGGAAAAUGAACAGAACAGUGAAAUUAUGGACUCGAGCGGUAAGAAGUUGCAGAGUGAGUAUGUGACAGUUACUGAUGGUGACAAUCAGCAGUACGUGGUGUUAGAAGUUAUACACCUCGAGGAUGGCACUGAGCAGCAAGUCACCGUUAUGGCCCCUGAAUACAUUGAAGAGGAUGAACAAGUUGAGGAGGAGGAGGAGGAGGAGGAAGAAGAGGAGGAGAAUGAUGAUGAUUCAGAAGACACAAAGAAAAAUCAAAUACUGCUUUUGCAUGAACAAGAAAAACAAAGAACAUUGGAGAGAACAUUUAAGUUGGAGAAUGAUGUCGACACGUGUUUUGGAUUUGAUGAGGAAGAUGUCGACGACGCUGAAGAUGAAGUUUCUUACGAAGACAAGGCGCUUAUAGACUUAGUUUAGAGAAAUAUAUAUUAGAUUUUAAUGUAUAUCAUAUUAAAAACACGACAUCAUCGCAUCGUAUCAACAAUUACGACUCAACCAAUGAUAUAAAUAGAAUAGAUAUUUUAAUAUUAGAAUUGGUAUUGUUGCCAGAUUUAGUUACUUUUUUUAAUAAUUCGACGAAAUGACAAAUGCUACAUACACUUUUAAUUCCUGCUAUUACCAUGUCUGUUUAUAUAAACAUGAAUGAGUUCUGUAACACUAAAAGUCUUAGACGGCCGCCAUUACAAGGCGGAUUACACAUUGACACGUUUUAUUUCUGUUGCGUUUUAUCUCAGAAAAAAAUGGUAAACAGUGAAUAAGUAAUGUUUUACAUUUCCAUAAACAAAUUCAAAAAUAUUCCCCCCGACGUUAGUCGCGGUGACGCGCUGGUGUAGACCGGCUGAACGUAAAGUUUGUGUUGAAAAAGUUGUUUUUGUGCUUCAAAUUUUACAGAACAAGGUAAAUUAUUCUCAUUUUAUUUAAUGUAUUUACUGUUUUUAGCUAUUCUACUUAAAUAAUAUCGGUUAUAAUCAUAACUUUGUUGAAAUCAACGCACUCAACUACGCGAUAAUGAAUUGAUUUACCUUCUGAGAUGUUCAGCAUCUUUUUAAAUAGUUUAUUCAAAUAAAUACUUCAUUGUUUUAGAAUGACCAAUCUUCUUAGCAAUUUUAUAUAUGUUUUUUAACGUUUGACGCCUAAACUACUGAACGGAUUUCCAUAAAAUUAAACGUAGAUGUAAAAGAACGCAAAAGCCACUUGCUUUUGUUAUUUUAUUUUGUAUUAUUAUUUUUUAAAAAGGUCGGCAAAGCAAUAAUGUUGAGUGGAGAGCCAGCCCGUGCAGACGUACGCAGCUGAAACGGUUUUUUUAUUCGAUUUGGAAAUGGAUUAGGUUAUCUUUACAUAAAUUGAACAUGUGCAUAUAUUACAUGCUGUUACCCGCGACACCGUCCGCACGGGAUUAAAUAUGCUCUACAUCUAAGCCAAAUAUCAGUGAGAUCCGUUCAGCCGCUUA